AUGAGCCAGAAGGAAUUCCUUACUCUGUUCGAGAACUGGAAUCCGGCGGCGGAGUACCAGGACUACCUGACAGGACAAUUGUGCAAGGACUACUGGAAGAAAGAAGGGAUCCCAACGACUCCCUCCCAAGCCCCAGAGACCUUAAUGAGACCACCAGAGGAUACUCAAGAACAACAGACGAUCAACUCAUCCGAUCAACCUCCGGCCGCGAUGAAUCAUCCUCAGGGAGGGUACUACUACCCCCCGGCAAAUCCGCAAGCUCAACAGCCGUACUGGAAUCAACCGAGCUAUCCAGUGACAGCUCAGGGUUACCAGUACCCUCCUCCGCGUCGGCAACAGGCAGACCAACCACUUUCCAGUCCAAUCAAAACAGAAGUAGCAAUCGGAAUCCCAAUCGCCGACGCAACCAAAGACACAGGGGUCUCAAUUGGCUUCCCAGACCUGGUCCCAGCAAAGCUCCUCAGAACUCGAACGCAGGGAGCAGCAGAGAAGCGAGAAGAUGAUCCCAUCAACUCUCAAUCCAUCAAGAGAUGA